GAACAAGAGAUAGAGUGAGAAAGCAAGUCAAGAAAGAAGAAGAAGAAGCAGCAGCAUCACCAUGUCUUCGAGGGAGAGAAAGAGAGCAGCUCUCUAUCAGAAGUUGCAGCAGCUUCGCGCUGCUACGAACUCCACCGCGGUGAAUAAGACCUCCAUCAUAGUGGAUGCAACCAAAUACAUCUCCAAGCUGAAAGAGAAAGUGGAGAGACUCAACCAAGGAACCGGAACCUCUCAGACUUCACCGAAUCGGUUACCUAUGGAGGUGACAGUUGAUACCUUAGAUAGAGGGUUCCGCAUCAACGUGUACUCGGAAAGGAACUGUCCGGGUUUGCUGGUUUCCAUUCUGGAAGCUUUUGAGGAGCUCGGGCUCAACGUUCUCGAUGCUAGGGUUUCAUGUUCCGACAACUUCCAUCUCGAAGCUGUAGGAGGAGAAGAUCAUGGUGACGGCAUGGAUGCUAAGGUGGUGAAGCAAGCAGUUUUGGAAGCUAUUAGGAGCUGGAGUGAAAGCAAUGAGUGAGCCAGGACGACUGAUGUCUAUCAACACUCUUCUUGCUUAGCUUAUCAACCCUCCUCUUUCCCGUAGUUUUCUAGCACUGUAUCUCUGCUUCCAUUUCUCUUGUGCUAGACCAUCACAUGUAGAUGAAAAUUUGUAGAGAGUUUCUCCUUGUAAUUUCAGAUGUGCAUUGCCAUCCCUAGUUGAUGAUUUCCGAGAAAAUUAGUUCAUUUUCAGCACAA